CCCACCCUCUCCAUACCUUGCUGUAGGAGGUUGCAAUUUAAGAGUGGGGUCAGCUGAGCAUCAGACAGUCCGUGACACCCUCUGUCUCUCCCAUUUCUGCCUUGUCUGCUCUUUUUGACUGUCUGUGCAGGUCGCUUCCAUGCAAAGGAGUGAAGGCAGACAGCACUUAGACCGGCACAAAGAGAGAGAAAGAGAGAGAGAGAGAAAGAGAGAGGUGGGGAACUGAGGUGAGAUAAGCCGCACUUAAGUCUCCUGGUACCAGUGAGCCCGGUGUUUUUGACAGACAGGUGAUAUGAUCGGGCCUUAAAGCCUGCUGAAGAUCACUCAUCUCCAGAAAGAGCUGAACCACUAGUGCCAGAGCCGCCACUCAAGCUGAGCAGAUGGAAGCACUCUGAUCCCGCUGAGACUCUGGAGCGCCCCACACAAACAACGCCUGGAGGAACAACAGGACUAAACAACUGGGGCACAUUUCUUGUGUGUGUGGGGUUUUUUUUUGUGGGUUUUCCAUUUUUCCAAAGGGAUUUAAAAAGACCAUGGCUCUUAAGGAGGCACUGUUGGCUUUGCUGCUGGCCCUCUGUGUUGAACCGGUGCCUGUGGAGUUCCUUCAGAACAUGGCAAUUGUCCCGCGGCAACCAGGGUGCACGCAGGUGUGCCAGCCCGACCUGUGCCCGGUGGCUCACCUCCUGCAGCGGUGCCCGGCAGGGCGGGUGCGGGACGCCUGCGGGUGCUGCUGGGAGUGCGGCAAUGCUGAGGGUCAGUUCUGCGACGCCGACCCGGCCGCUGGGUUCUACGGACGUUGCGCCGAGGGCCUGAGGUGCCGCGUUCCUCCCAGGGAGAGGGCCCGCUUCCUGACCAGUGCGGCGGAGGAGGAGGAGACGCCCAAGGCCGUCUGCGUGUGUGCCAAGCAUGAGGUGCUGUGUGCCACUGAUGGGAAGACCUACGAGAACAAGUGCCAACUGCGCAGUGCCCAGCGCGGCCUGGCACAGGGAGAGAGUAGACCCACCGUGGCUCACUAUGGACCAUGCCGAUCAAAGCCAGUCAUCACCAUUGGCCCCCAGACCAGCCACAUGUUAGAGGGGAGCGACGCUGUGUUUGUGUGCGAGGUCUCCUCCUAUCCCCUGGCCACCGUUCACUGGAGGAAAGAUGGGAAGAACAUCUUCCGCCCUUCUGAUGACUCCAACAUCGCUACACAGGCGCGCCGAGGCCCCCAGCGCUUUGAACUGACCGGCUGGCUCCAGAUCCAGAGCGUCCGCCCCGACGACGAGGGCGUGUACACGUGCGCUGCCAGGAACGCCUUCGGAGAGGCGUCUGCCUCGGCCAGAUUGCAGGUUCUGUGGAAAGAAUCUCAGACAGCAAGCGAUGAGAUGAAGACGAAGCCAUACAGCAUCAUAGACGAUGAAGAGGAUGGUGAGGAUGAAGACUACGAAGGCCACUCCAGUGGGCAUAUGUACGUGUAAAUUUGGCGGUAAAGAAAAUGUAACAAAAUAUAUUUAGAUAGAUUUUAUAAGAUUUUAUAAGAUGCUGUAUGUAUAAUUGCAUUCCAGUGAGUACAAUUUCUGAUUUAUGUAAAUAAAAUCCUAUUUCCUUUA